AUGUGCGGCCAAUUGAAAACCAAGUUCGAAUGCCCCCAAUGCGGCACCCAAAUGUCUACCAGCAGCGAGAAGCUGACGUGCGCAACGGCAAGUUCCUAUGGCGGCUGCGGCAGCACCAGCUCCAGCAACAGGGAGGUGACCAAGAAAGCCGACAAUGUAUGCUCGAGCUGCCGGUCGAAGAAUGUUAGGGAGUUUAUUGCGAAUGCUCUUGGUCCAGUCUAUGGAAAAUCGAGUUAG